AGAUGAAUACAAUACGUUUUAACCAUAAGCCGUGAACAUGGUUGUUACAAUUCAAUCUUCAUUCAAUCCAAGUAUUUGAACUCUUUAACUCGUAACAGAUUCUUAAAAAUCUCAUCUCGUCCUCAGUCUCAUCUUUAUAUAACUUAAUGUCCCUAACGAAAUGCUCUCGUAGGUUCUCCAAUGCGUGAAGCCAGACUUUUCACAGAUGGCCUCAAUUCCUUUCCGGGUCUAAUAACCGUAUGCUAUCUCUGCAUGGACAAUUUCAUCUUCGCGCUUCUUCUCAACAACGUGUCGAGGUAAAAAUCCAAAAGGGAGCAGGCUUCGACCAAACGAAGCUCCAUGAUGAUGAAAUACGAUAUCCUUCUCUACCAAGAAGGUCGAGCCCAAUAUGAUAUCGACAUUAUCGCACUUGGGAAUAACAACAAACUUUUCCCAUGAUACACAUCUUCCAAACCGAAAAAGCAAAGACUCGGUGAUCGCGCUGUUGGCCGUAAACUUCCUGCCAGGGUACCGGUAAAACAUACGGAUGGACCCCCUUGCAAGAGGAAUGUCAUUUGCUUCAACGAAAUCACGGGUGAUAAAGUUGAAGUCGCCAAUUGAAGACAGCCGACACCAGCAACGUAUGUAGUCAUUAACUUUACAUACAACGUCGUUUGUGCGCACUAGUUCCAUUGCCUGUUUGUGUACUUCACACUCCACUAUCUUCAAAGAGGGAGCAAUAAUAGGUUUAGGAGGUUCACUUUUCACUUCAGACGUAGACGAGUUAACGCCUUUAUCGCCAACCUUGUUCUUCUUCCCCGCGCUGAUGUUCAGUUCAACGGUUGGAUCGUCAUCCUCGGCCAACGAGUUUAACAUGUCAACAGCCACCUUCAACAAAUUGAUGACAUUGUUCAGUUUUUCCUUUCGAGUCGAACGGGCAAGGGAACUGUUAUCCUUCUGGGACUCCAACGAGCAAUCCUUCAUGGCAUUAUUGAUCGACUGAGUCAUUUCUAAGAGUUAACACUCGACAAUGGCUAAUAAAAACAAAGGAUGUGACUUGGGCGAACCCUUGGGGUCUUGUUUAAAAGGAAUAAAAUUGUAAAACUGAGAGUUCCCUGAAAUCCGAAACCGAAUAUCCUCCUCGUCUCACAGACGAAAAUUCCCAACUAAGAGUUGAGAAAGAUGAGCCUGAGGCACCGGUUUACCGCCACAUCCAUUUUUAUAUAAAUUGUGUGGACGCCUGAAAAGGUUGUGGUGGUGAGCUUUUGGUGGAGUAAAACAAGAUAACUCUAAUGACUCGUUUAGAUUAACUACAAAUGGAUACAUCAUCAUAACGUAAGCCGAGUUUAAGCUUAACUUAACUUCUGCUCCUCCGCGUACGCUUUCUCUAUGAACCAACUCGUAAUUGACUUAUUCUCGCUGCUCGAAACGCGUGAAUCGUUUCAAAUAGCUGCUCAAAUUCAGCUAAAUCAGGCAUUGGAUGCUCUUGCUCGUGCUCGCGCCGUCUUGCUGUCGUCGAACGACGCGUUAAGACUGCUUGUUCCCCGAAAGGCAACGUUGGCUGUCGAAGACGACGGAAGCUUGAACAAAAUACAUCCGUCCACCCUCCCAGCUUCCAUUUCUUCAUCUCCCACUUCAGCAAAGUGGAGGCGACGAAAACAUCCCACAAUUGAAUGUGGGGUGCUUAUUUAUACCCCACAUAAACCCCACAUCAGUUACGCUGCCUUGUUGGCUCGUGAUACAGCUGCACCCAGAAAAAAGCUGUCCAUGUCUUUUGUUGAACUACGAAAAGCCUUUCUGCUCGAGCUCUACAACACUUCGCGGCGUUUAGAAGCCUCAACGACUGACGCAGGAGCCGCGGAUGUUCCAGAAUUGUCCGCGGAACAAUGGCUUCAAGAGCGGUCACGGGAUCUGGCGCGUUUGACUUUAUUGUUUAAUGAAGAACGCGACGCGCUCUCCGCAUUUGACAAUCGCAAGCGCAUGGACCAGUUGACGCACAUGGCCGCCGAGCUUCACGAGCUUCGCACGCGUCUCUGCCCACGCGCUCCAUUUAAGUUUCGUAAAAAGCGUGAUGUUUCGUCCAACUCUGUGCAGUUGGACGCGUCUAGUCGAGAAGUGUCUGUAACGUCAGAGUGCACCGUACGUGACGGCACUCUCGUGCUCCGGAAUCUCCGUGGCGCUUCCAUUCCAUCCGCGGAAUGGAUACUUCUCGACAACAAUCGCAUCAAACUGAGUGCUUCAGGCCUCCGCGGUUGUUCCAUCCAUUUACCGCACUGCUCCGCGGUUCAUAUGGAAGACAUCGAAAAUUGUGACGUCAGCGUCGAUCUUGUGGAUGGUGCCGUACACGUGUCCGAAGCGAAAGCCUCCACAAUAAAUGUGACGUGUCAUCAGGUACGCUAUUCGCCAGAGACAACAAAGCCCCGUGGGAUGUACAAGAACUCCACCCACGUUGACACUACAUUCGGCUGCACUAGCUUCCCCGCACGCUUUCGUUUUGCUUGGCCACACAUGCUAACCCCCAGUUUCGACUCCACGACUCGCAAAAUCUCGGCUUGGUUGUCGACUGCCCAACCUCCCCGGUAG